AGCAUUUGGGCCAAGAAACCCUUCACAAAAACCAAGUCACUAUCAUUGUUUCCCUCUAUAUAUACACCCCACCAUCAAGCUCAUACCUUGUAAAUAAUUUCUUCAUUUUAUUAGCUUUUGCCUUCCAAAUCCAUCUACACUACUUUCUCUUCUUCCCUAUUAUAUAUCCAUAUAUAGUACCUCUAUAGUUGCCACAUCACCACCAAUAUUAUAUUAAUUAAUUUAACACUACAUUUUUAAAAAUGGAGAUUUAUAUUGUUGUUACUUGUAAUUUUGCAUACACAACAACAAUAUUAUUCCUCAUAUUUCUCUCUAUUCUCAUCUAUUAUUUGGUAAUCAAAUCUCAAAACUACACAAAUUCCAAAUACAAGCUCCCACCAGGAUCAAUGGGGUGGCCUUUAAUAGGACAAACUCUCCAACUCUAUUCCCAUGACCCCAACACUUUCUUUUCCACCAAACAGAAAAGGUACGGUGAGAUAUUCAAAACCCAUAUAUUGGGAUGUCCUUGCGUUAUGUUGGGGAGUCCAGAGGCUGCUAAAUUCGUGUUGGUGACUCACAGUCACUUGUUCAAACCAACUUACCCGAAAAGUAAGGAGAAGCUGAUUGGUCCGUCAGCUCUGUUUUUUCACCACGGGGAGUACCACUCUUCGUUAAGGAAACUGGUGCAGAGUUCUCUGGCUUCUCCGUACAAUCUGCAGAAAAGAGUUGCCGACGUAGAAGCCCUCGCCAUUUCCACUCUCCACUCCUGGCUCACAGCACAAGAUCAACUCGUUAACACCUUCCACCACUUGAAAAAGUAUUCUUUUGAUGUUGGCAUUCUUUCUAUCUUUGGUCAUUUGGAUUCUAAUUACAAGGAUCAACUCAAGGAGAAUUAUUCCAUUGUAAAUAAAGGAUAUAAUUCUUUUCCCAACAACGUACCUGGAACUACAUAUCAAAAAGCACUCAUGGCAAGGAAAAGGCUUAAGCAGAUUCUGAGUGAGAUAAUGUUGGAGAGAGAGGAGAAGAAAAUAGCAGACAAGGAUCUAUUGGGUCAUCUUUUGAAUUUCAAGGAUGGAAAGGGAAAAGCUUUAACAAGAGAUCAAAUUUCUGAUAAUAUUAUUGGGGUUUUGUUUGCGGCUCAAGACACAACGGCUAGUGUAUUGACUUGGAUCCUUAAGUAUCUCCAUGAUGAUCAAAAGCUUCUUCAAGCUCUAAAAGCAGAGCAAAUGGUAAUAUAUCAAGAAAAUGAUGAAGGAAAAAAGCCCUUGACAUGGAAACAAACUAGAAGUAUGCCACUUACACAUAAGGUGAUAUUGGAGAGCUUGAGGAUGGCUAGUAUUAUAUCAUUCACAUUUAGGGAAGCAGUGACUGAUGUAGAAUACAACGGAUACAUUAUUCCAAAGGGUUGGAAAGUGAUGCCAUUGUUUCGAAACAUUCAUCACAAUCCUCAAUUCUUCCCUGAUCCACAAAAUUUUGACCCUUCUAGGUUUGAGGUUCCUCCAAAGAGUAAUACUUUUAUGCCAUUUGGCAAUGGGGUACACUCAUGUCCUGGAAAUGAGCUUGCCAAGUUAGAGAUGCUAGUUUUUAUCCACCAUUUAGUCACUCAAUACAGGUGGGAAGUUGUGGGAUCUCAAAGUGGGAUUCAAUAUGGCCCAUUUCCAGUGCCUCAAAAUGGACUCCCAGCCAGAUUCUGGAAAGAAUCAAACAAUUUCAUACAAGAUUUUUUUCCACCUAAUUAACUAAAUAUAUAUAUUUAUCUUGUUCACCAAGUGUAUUAUUUUCAAAUGUAUCUUAUCCCUAACCCAAAUCCAAAACCCUCUGUUUAUUUUUUUUCAAAUGGGGUGUCUCUAUAAAUUAUUAGUAUUAUUGGUAUUAUUAUCUAGAGACUCUAUGAAGGUGUUUUUUUUUUUUUUGGGUGUAUUUUCCACCUUCUUUUGCAUUAUUAGGAAAAAGAAAGAGGGGUGAUAAUUAUUGUUGUACCAAUGAGCAAGUAAUGUAAUUUGUAACCCUUUUAUAUGAUAAUUGAAAUAAUAGUAAACAAAAUAAAGAAAUUUUGUUUGAAUGUAAUGGAAAGAUCUCUUGUUGUC